GCGCAUCCGCUUAACAACUUUUGGAAAAAGGAGAAACAAGAGUCACACUCUCUGUGUGAAGUGUGGCCGUCGCAGCUUCUACAUCCAGAAGAGCCGUUGCUUCACCUGUGCUUACCCCGCCGCUCACAAGUAGGCCUACAACUAGCGUGUGAAGGCAAUCCGUAG